AUGACCAAGCUCACUCUUCUAGCAGGCUUGUGCCUGGUGAUGUGCCAGCUGGCAACCGCCUCCCAGAUGGUGUGCUAUUUCACCAACUGGUCCCAGUACAGACCCGGGACUGGGAAAUACAUGCCCCAAAAUCUGGAUCCCUUCCUGUGCACCCAUGUGAUUUAUGCUUUCUCCAUCAUCAACAACCAAAACGAGUUGGUUACCUAUGAAUGGAAUGACGAGACCCUGUACAAAACCUUCAAUGGCCUGAAGAGCAAGAACCCUAGUCUGAAGACCUUACUGGCUGUUGGUGGAUGGAACUUUGGCUCAACUCAGUUCUCCAUCAUGGUGUCUACACCAGCAAACCGUCAGAAGUUCAUCCAGUCUUCUAUCAAAUUCCUGAGGACUCAUGGAUUUGAUGGUCUUGAUCUGGACUGGGAGUACCCUGGAUCUCGUGGAAGUCCCCCAGUGGACAAAAUGAGGUUCAGUCUGCUCUGCAAGGAACUUGUUGAAGCCUACGCAGCUGAAGCCAAGUCCACCGGCAAACCUCAGCUCAUGCUGACUGCUGCAGUGUCUGCUGGAAAGGGAACCAUCGAUGCUGGAUAUGAGAUUGCUGAGAUUGCCAAGCAUCUGGACUUCAUCAAUGUGAUGACCUAUGACUUCCAUGGAGCUUGGGAGCGAUCCACUGGACACAACAGCCCACUGUUCCGUGGCUCACAUGACAGUGGUGACCUCAUCUACUUCAACACUGACUAUGCCAUGAAAUACUGGAGAGACAAAGGUACCCCAGUGGAGAAGCUGAGGAUGGGAUUUGCUGCUUAUGGUCGCACCUUCCGUCUGACAUCAUCAAACACUGGCGUUGGAGCCCCAGCUAGUGGUGCCGCAUCAGCCGGACCAUUCACACGUGAAGCUGGAUUCUGGUCCUACUAUGAGAUCUGCACCUUCCUGAAAGGCACCACCAUUCAGUGGAUUGAUGACCAGAAAGUUCCCUAUGCCAGCAAGAACAAUGAGUGGGUGGGAUUCGACACCAGGAAGAGCUAUGAAAUCAAGGUCCAGUACAUGAGGGACAUGAAGUAUGGCGGUGCCUUUGUGUGGGCCUUGGAUCUAGAUGACUUUAAAGGAGAGUUCUGUGGACAGGGAAGCCAUCCCCUGCUGUCCCAUUUGCGCAAACUCAUCAAUUCUGAGAUGCCUCCACUUCCAUCAACUACAACCAAGAAACCUGGUGUUGUUACCACAGCAUCAGCCACUACCACAACCUCCAAACCUGCUGUUACCACUCCCAGACCAAUCCCCACAAAAACCACCAAACCCAGUGGCACCACCACUGCUCCAUCCACCAAGACCACUAUCCCCAUCCCAGGACGCGGCUUCUGCAAAGACAAGCCCGACGGCAUGUACCCCAACCCGGCGGACAAGGCCACCUUCUACAUGUGUGCAGGUGGCCGAACCUAUCUGAGGAGCUGUGGCGUCGGCACUGUCUUCGAAGACAGCUGCAAGUGCUGUGUGUGGCCCUAAGUGUUAACUAGUGUAAGACUGUCACUGACUGACAUGUCAGUACUGACUCUAUAAGCUGAUUGCCUCUGGG